AUGUCUUCUUCCUCCUCCAAGUCCAAGGUAACAGGCUUUAUUAAAGAGUCAAAGGACCUCGUCAUACCUUUCCGGAAUAUUAAAAAAGCCACCAAAAAUUUUACUACAGUGAUCGGGAAAGGUGGAUAUGGCCCUGUUUAUAGAGGAGAACUAUUCAUUUCUGGCGAACUUACCUCUGUGGCUGUAAAGCGACUAGUUGCCCCUGACGCGACUGGUCAUGCAUUUAAGCAGUUCUUAACAGAGAUUCAAUUACUAUCUCGCUACAAACAUCCAAACCUUGUCUCCUUACUUGGUUUUUGUGAUGAGGCUGAUGAGAAGAUCCUCAUUUACGAGUAUGCAGAUAAUGGAAGCCUUGACAAAUACCUACGUGAGGCCAAAACAACUCGUCCACUAACAUGGGAGCAAAGGAUCAGUAUAUGCCUUGACGCGGCUCGUGGUUUAGAAUAUCUUCACAACCAUAUUGCGAAAAACCAUAGAGUGAUCCACAGAGAUGUUAAAAGCGCAAAUAUUCUCAUAACUCAAGACUAG